AUGGAGAGGGACGUCGUGGUCUCCGACCCCGAGGCCGCCGGGUCCUCGUCCACCCCCGCCUCCUCGUCGUACUCCUCCUUCGCCGAGACCAGGGUCAUCUGCCGCGUGUGUCAGAAGCAGUUCGCGCAGUACACUUGCCCCCGCUGCAACGCCCGGUACUGCUCGCUCUCGUGCUACAAGGGUCAUAGUGUUCAAUGCACUGAAUCCUUCAUGCAUGAGAAUGUUAUGGAUGAGCUUAAGCAGAUGCAACCUGAGGAUGAAACAAAGAAAAAGAUGCUAGAUAUCCUCAAGCGUCUCCACUUGGAAGAAGAGAUGGAGUCAGAUGGUGAAGAUGAGUCAAUGUUAUCAGAGGAGCUUAUUCAAAAAGUUAUGUCUGGGGAAGAGAUAAGGCUUGAAGACCUCUCUGAUUAUGAAAUCAAACGAUUUCGUCAAGCUCUGGCCUCAGGUGAGCUCAGUAAGAUGAUUGAACCGUGGACACCUUGGUGGAAAAAACCGUCAGCCAGAUCGAUUUCCCUUGGCCCGGAUGGAAGUCAGCUUAUCAGACAAGUAAACACAGAAGACACUGCUAUAUCAUAUCCAGAUCCAAAGACUGACCAAGAGGCUAGCAUCAACGAAAUCCCUGAAGGGCCAGAAUCUCCUCUCCCGUCACUGAAACAGUUAACAAGGACAGAGCCAUCUCCUUUGCUUGCUGUCCACUUGGUUGACAUCCUGUACAGUUACUGCUUCACACUUCGGCUCUACAACGGUGAUUGGCACUCGGAUCCUUUGGGUGCUUCCACUGUCGCCCUGUCAAUGUCGAAAGUCAUGGGCCAGGAUGCUAAACCUGAGACUGUACCUGAAGCACUCACGGCCUGCAUCGAGGAGACAUGCUCACCAGCUUACAGGCAUACUGGUGGUUUCAGGUUUGCUAUUGGACUCGUGGAUGAUAUCAUCACCAUUCUCUCCUUGGGACAGAAUGCGCUUAUUUGUGCACUAUGCGACUUCCAUCGACUCGUUGAAGUUGGCAAGAGCAUGCUGAAGGAGGAGAAAGUGGGCAAGACGGAGAGGGCACAGAGCUCCUCAAAGCUUCGUAGCGCAGCUAGGAAGCUAUUCUUCAUGACUUGUUGGGUCCAUGAGCAGCCAAAUGUGGCGUGGCCAUCUUUAGCUCGCAUCGUCCAGGUGCAGAAAGCAUCCCUGGAGGAGUUGGACACCGGGAAUUGGAAGGCGGAUAGAAAGUGCAAACGACAGUCCACGGUUCUUAUCGAGGAGCUGUAG